UGAAGACAAACAGCUGAUAGUAAAUUAAGAUUAAAAACAGGGGAGCAGUACGGUUAACAUAAAGUUUAUUGGAUAUUUUUCAAACCGUGCUUAACAUGGGUAAAAGUGACAGUGCUUCCGUACAGAAAUUGGAAGAACAAUUGGGAUUGCUAAAGGAUGAAUAUGCAAAGCAGCAACAUAUUUAUACGGAACUACAGCAUAAGUACAACAAAAUUAUUGCAACAUCAGCUAAUGAAGAAAUCUCAAAAGACCUUGGCAACUUGGUUUCACGGCUGUCGUUGACAGUUGCUUCAUUAUUUGGUACUCAUACUUAUGCUGAUAUCUACAUACGAAAUCAUGAGAAAAUAUUUCCGGCUCAUAAGAUCGUCCUUCAUGCACGGUCAAAGAAAUGGGGAGAUGAUGUGUUAACAAACACAGAGGAGCUGGACUGGAGCGAUUUUAAUGAGGAUGUUGUGUUAGCACUUUUGCGAUGGAUUUACACAGACCUUAUUGAUUUGCAGAAUGACGAACUAGCUUUGGAUCUUCUUAGAGCAUCACAUCGAUUUGGUUUGUCAUCUCUUUUUAGACUGUGUGAGUUGGCGUUAGUUGCUUCCGUAGAAGAAAGAUCUUGUAUACGAUUUUAUUGUGUUGCGAAACAAGUGGCUUCAACAACUCUGUUAGACUAUUGCUCUGGUAUAAUAUCAACGCACUGGGAAGAUCUUACAACGCAAGACUUUGAACACAUGACCGGAUCCUUAAUGCUUGAAAUGCUAAGGACCAAAACAAAUUAUCCACUUCAUACUGCUGUUAGACUCCAACGGGAUGACGUUGUAAGCCUUAUUUUUCAAGAAAAUGGUGAUGAACUUCCAAAACUAGUUAAUAGUUUUUCUGAAGACGGACUUUUACCUCUUCAGAUCGCUUUAUCCGCGAAAAACGUCAAAAUUGCUAACACUCUCGUGAAAACUGGAAUGGCUGACGUAAAUGCUGUUGAUAUAGAGGGAUCUACGCUGCUAAUAUCUGCUAUAAGAAAUGGUGACACGUUUUCUGCACACUUUCUCUUGGAACAAAACUGUCUUUUAGACCUUAUAUCUCAACCAUUUAAAGAUACCGUUUUACAUAUUAUAUGUAAUUAUGUUCACAACAACCCUGAAAUUAUUUCCGAAAUAUUAGAUGUAGGAAAAACAAUUUUAAAAAAAAAUCCAAACGUUAAUAUCCAAAACAUGAAAGGAGAAACGCCUUUGCAUAUAGCCAUCGCAAGUCAAAAUUGUGAAAUGGUAAAGUGUUUGCUAGAAGUGCCAGAUAUUGAUAUAAACUUGCGUACUUUCGACGAAAAGUGUGCAUUGGAACUUAGUUUGUUACUGGAAGUUCCAAACUUCACAAUAGCUUCAAUGCUGUUAAAUAAAGGUGCACUGCCAAAUUCUGUAAAGUCUAAAACAGGAGAUAGUCUACUACAGGUGCUUGCAAUGAAGGGUGAUCGAGGGGAGGACGCAGCAAUGUUUUUGUCAGAUUUUGCCUUGCUUGAUCACAUAAAUUUGAAAGGGCUAACAGCAUUGCAUAUAGCGGCAUAUAAAAAUUUACCAAACUUAGUAAAAAAGUUAAUUUUUAAGGGGGCUUCAUGCAAUUUACAACCCGUUCAAAACGGUUUAAAGUCAGCAAUACAUAUGGCAGUUGAAGCCAAUGCUGUUGAUGCUUUGGAAGCUUUUGUUGAUAUAAAAAAAGAAGUCCUCGAUGUUCUUGAUUUCAACUGCAAAGAUAUUGAUGGGGAAUCCCCGCUAAGCCUAUGUUUAGCUCUUGAUAGAACACAACUGGUACAAACUCUUAUUCGGGGCGGCUCUGAUGUAAAUGCAAAGAAUAAGAACAAUCUGACUCUAUUGCAUCAAUCAAUUAAAAAUAAAGACAGUGACACCGCUUUAUUUUUAAUACAGCAAGGUGCUAAUUUCACAGCUCUCACAGAUAAUCAGGAUUCUGCAUUAGAUUUAUCUAUUAAAAACAAUCUUCCUAGAGUUGUGGAUGCCCUUUGUACAAGAGGAGUCGACUUAAGUUCAGAAAAAAAUGCAGGGUCACCACUAUGGACAGCUUUGGAGCUUGGACAUGAAGAAGUGGCUCGGUUACUUGUGCGGCACGGUGUUGACACUGAUUGUUGGGAUACUGGACCCGAGGGAUUCCAACAAACCCUUUUACACCGUGCAAUUGAUGAAAACAAGGAAUCAAUUGCUAUUUUUCUUGUUCAAAGUCAGUGCGACUUAGACUCUGCCCGUCAGCCUGGCCCGAAUGGGGAAGGUGUAGAUGUUGCUCUGGGAAAAGCCUCCCCGUUGCACUUAUGUUGUCAGUGGGGCUUGAACAAAGUGCUUCAAACUUUAAUUGAUCAUGGUGCUAAUGUUAACGUAUUAGACGCUGAAAACAAAUCCCCGCUUCAUAUAGCUAUUGAAAACCAACAUGAGGAGAUAAUAGCAAUCCUUCUGUGUCAUCCUCUUAUAGAGCUAAAGCUACGUGAUAAAGCUGGAAAUACUCCUUUUGCAGCCGCCUUGGGUAUCCGAAAUCACAAAACCGCCCAACACAUUUUAGAUCGGUUUCCUACAGCAGCUGAGCAAAUGGACCAACGCGGACGAAACUUUUUGCAUAUAGCAAUUAUGCAAGAUGACUUAGAAAGUGUCUUAUUUUUGUUAUCUAUUCAGGUAGAUGUGAAUUCUCGGGUACAUGAUGUGAAUCAGUCUACACCCCUACACCUGGCGGCUGCAUCACAUAACGAAAUGAUUACCAGAAAUCUAAUUUUGGCUGGUGCGCGUAUGAAUGAACGGGAUGCUGUCCAAAAAUUACCUCUGCAUAUUGCCAUAGAACGCGGAAACCUUUCUGCUGUCUCUGCGUUAAUUCAAAACGGUGCUGACUACGAUGCAAAGGAUGCUGAGGGAAACAAUGCUUUACAUAUCGCGGUACGGUGCGGUCAGUUUUUUAUUGUACGCGAACUUUUAACGGAAUCAAGAGUAAACGCAGAAGCAACCAAUUUGAAGGGUCGAAAUCCUUUGCACGAAUUGUGCCGCGUCGUGGAGGAUAAUACAGCAGCACUUAUUUGCGAUUUGUUUCUCGAGUGCAUGCCAAAGUAUCCUAUUAACCUUCCUGACAUGGAUGGAAAUACACCGCUAUUGCUUUCCUUUAUGAGAGGCCAAUCACCACUUUGUAAAAUACUUGUAAAAGCAGGGGCGUGCCUUGGGGCUGAAAACAAUGAUGGAGUAAAUAUUUUUAAUUUUAAGCUUGCUACAGAUCAAUUACUUUAUAAGUUGUUGGACCUAUUGCCACAAGAAUCGCCUUGGUCCGAGUGCGACUUAUGCCAGGAGUGUAGUACAAGGUUUACAAUUACUAUGCGAAAGCACCAUUGCCGGCAUUGUGGACGUGUUCUAUGCUCCAAGUGUUCCAGUAACGACAUACCAAUUUUGAAAUUCGGCAUUAACAAACCUGUCAGAGUUUGCUACGUUUGCUUUAACGUGCUCCAAUGUGGAAAUGCAUCAUUUUCAUAGUUUAAACUUUAGCAAAACGUAAGAUAAUUGUUUCUUUUUUUACAAUGAUGCCUAUUAAUAUAUUAUUAAAAAAUCUUUAAAAAAUCUUCGCC